UUUGUUCGUGUUUCCCGCUUUCGUUUCGUUUCUUUUUUUGUGAUUCUCUUUUUGUUAACCGUUUUGAGAAGGGAGACGCGACUGGCUUGUUUAACCUUAAUAAAACCCGUGCUUAAAUUUCUUUUUCCGCUGGGUCUCAUUUUUAACAUAUCGUUGAGUUUUUAAAAUAGUGACCGAUCCUCGAAUAACCCGUCGGGACGAGAAUGAAUCGUAAGUCGUAAAGCCGUAACCUUCGGCCAGGUUGUAGAACCGCGACCGCGUGACCACUCCUAACUCAGUUUCCAACUAAGCGCAUAAUAACAAAGUUCGUCACUCGUCAAAUCGCCAUCGGUCGCAAUGGCAUCCGUAGACGUAGAGAGUCUCUCCGACCAGGAAAUACGGCAUAAGUUCAAGGAGCUGGGCGUCGCAGUGGGCCCGGUGACUCAAACGACAAGAAAAACCCUAUUGAAAAAGUUGAAGACACUUUUAGAGAGCGAGGCCUCUUUCACGGACGAGCCGUCGGUCGCUGAAGAGCCGACGAGGAGUCGGAGAAAAACUUUGCCGCCUUCGAGGUCCCCGGGGCGAUCGCCGUCGCGCAAAUCUCCUUCGCGCGCCUCCAUCGCCGCCCCUAUGGCCAACUCGACGAUUGCCGAACCGUUUCCGGCCGCCGUCAACCGCACGCCCUCGCCGCCUCCGCCUCGGCCCAGCAGGGCCGAAGUCCGUUCCAACGUCCCUGAAGUCGAGUCGUACUUCAACAAAAUUAGGCAGAGGCCUUUGUUCGCCGAUAGGGAGAUCGCGGAUUUGCGCCCCUCGGUCAACAUGCAGUCGACCGACUUCCUGAGCGAUUACAGGUCGCCGACGACGAGUCUCUUCUCACCGUCUCUCUUCUCUUCUUCCGCGAGGACGGCCGACCUCUCUCCGCCCGCGUCCUCGAACCAGCCUUUCACAUCGGAUUUCAUGAAGCGGCUAUCCGCUGGCAGAGUAUCUCAACGAUCUGAACCACAGCUUUCGCCAUUAAGCUCUGUAUCCAAGUUGGACAUCAAAGAGAGCGACGAUGAAGAUUCAGGCCCUACGCCUGUAUACACCAAAUUCAGUCAGGGGUCUUUCAAAGGUUUUGAUAUUACGCAUAGCAAAGGAAGUGCAAGAGUGCUAUCAAACGAUGGGUGGUUCUCACUCGACUCUCCUAUAUCGGCCAUGCUGUUGUUUAUAUUCCUUGCCUUUUUCACUUUUAUUGGUUUUACUUAUGUCAACAUGCAUUUUACAGACACGAGUCUUGCUCUCAACACAGAUUUACAUUUCCCUCCUUGUCUAAAAGUAGGAAAUGCUAAUCCUGGGGAAAAUUGCAUUUAUGAAAAGGACAGAGAUAUGACGCGCAGUUUGUUGGGGAUUGUUUACAAAGAAAUAAGUGAAAAGUUAGCGAGUAUGCCCUGCACUUCAUCACAAGGACCAAUUUCAUUUACAGAUGAAAACAUCAUACAGAUGAUAUUAGACAAGGACAAAACUCUGAAUGUGCACUUAGUUGAACCAAAUAUUAAAAACUUAAAAGUCCUUGUUGACCACAAUCCCAGAUUUAAGAUAAAAGCCACAUUCGACGGUUUUUUACUUGAACAACCACCGGUGACAUAUUACUGUAUGAUCGUUGGCAGCUUGCUUAAGGCGGUCAACUAUACCUUGAAGUUUCUUUUUGUAACUGCUAUUGGAUUCAUCAUUUACAAGAUGAUAAAAUGGUGGAUGAAAAGGGAAGCAAGGCACAAGGAUGAAGUAUACAAACUCGUUAGUAACAUUGUCGAUUUGGUUAGCUCCAAGUGUCAAAGCCCUGAAGGUUAUGUGGCGAUAGACCAUAUUCGGGACCAGUUAAUAGCCCCUCAAGACCGUGCACGGAAAGCUAAAUUAUGGAAAGAUGCUCUGACACUGCUUGAUACUGAUUCAAGAAUUCGACGCGAAGUGCAGGAGGUGGAGGGGGAGGAGUUUAUGGUUUGGCGGUGGCUUGCUUCAACAUCAUUGAGCCCAAAUAAGAGAAAAAUGUGGCAAGGACAGGCUUUUGACACAAUGGAAGGCAGUGUCAACUCUCUGCCACACAGUCCAACAGCAUGCCUCAAGAUAAGACAUAUGUUUGAUGCUGAACAAGAAGAGGGCGAAGAUUGGGUGACAACUGUUGUAGAUGCAAUUUUAGAGAAAUGCGGCAAGGCUAAGAUACUUCACGUUGUUGUCGACCGCCAGUCACGCGAUGGCUGUGUUUACAUGAAAUGUGCCAGCACUUUGGACGCAGGCAUUGCAUACCGCGCGCUUCAUGGGUCCUGGUUUGAUAGUAACUUAGUAACUGUCAAGUACUUAAGGGAAAGAAGAUAUUUGGAAAGGUUCCCCGAUUCGGCAAAAUGCACUCAACCGCUGCGUCCAUCCAACGAUAACAAACGAUCCCUUCAGUAAGCUGAAUGCUGUCAUCAUUGUUUAAUUUCCUAUGCUGGAAAGAACUGUUCACACCGUAUGGCUAGAAAGCAUUUUUCCCUCUAUUUAUCUUUUACUUUAAUUUUCAUUUUUUAUUUUAUUUUUUGUAUUUUGUCUUAAUUAAUAACUCAUAUUUUCUUGUAGUUUUGUGCUUUGAUAACAGUCACAAGGUUGAUUUUGUUCGUAACAAAACAGUGAAAUGUACUAAAAUAUUUCAUAGUCUAGUCUUAUUUUGGUCCCCAGUGAAUUUUUUCUCUGAGGUCAAGGGACAGCUGUCAU